GUGUGAUUGACAGGAGCAGGGGGCUGCUCCGCGUUGUCCGGUGUCCGGAGGCCGCGGUCGGAUCUCAGGUCCGUUUUCCCUGAGGUGGCGGCCAUGGAGCAGUCGGGAGCCCCCGUGACGAUCAAUGACUUGUUCCUUGCUCUGUAUGAGAUGGGAUUUGAGGAGCAUCGGGUCCAGGCUGCACUGCAAGCUGGAAUCUUCAGUGUGCAGGAGGCCACUGAAUGGUUGCUCCAAGGGGGAGAUUGCACCAAACAUGGUCAGGAGUCGAGGGGUUCAGUCCCUGGGGCAAUGUCAGCAUUUAACCCACCACUUACUCAGGGACUGACUCCAACCUUGACCAAAACUACAGUCAACCAGAGAUACAUCUCGCCUGACCCACAGCAUCCACCUAAAGCAGCACCUUACCCAGCGUUACCCCUGUCCAGGAGAAAUCCCAACCUUACGGAGUUUGAGGAGCAGCAGAGGGAACAAUUCACUCAGCAAAUUAAAGCCGAGAGGAGGAAGAAACAGAAGGACCAUGAAUUGGCGUUGAAGAGAAUAGCUGAUGAUCGUGAAAAUCUGAAAGCAAAAUCAGCUCCUACUUGCCAGCCCAAACCCCUUCAACAGGGUCAGACGUUAGAGGGUAAAGUUCAAACUGCAGUAGAAGACCAUUGUAUUCUUGUGAUCAGGCUUCCAUCCGGACAUGUGCUCCGGGAGCGUUUCCGACAGGACAGCACACUGCAGAGUGUGAAGGACUACGUCACACAGCAAUUCCCCGAUCUUCAGAAUAUUGAUCUACUACAAGGUUUCCCAAAGAGGCAUUUCACGGACAAAGACCUGGGAAGUACAUUGGGAGCUUUAGGACUGAGUCCAAAUGCCACGCUGUGUGUGCGGGAUGAGCAGCAGAGAGCUAUGCUGCAGCGAAACCAGCCUCCAGGUGCCUACACAUUGACAACAGCCAUUGUUCCCAAUGCAGGAACCCCAGCAUCUAAUGACCGUGUGCAGACUGCUCCCCCUCUGCCAGAGAGCCAGCACCAUGGUCUGCCAAGGACAGCUGCGCUGCGUUCCUGGGGGCGAGGGCAGCCACUGGGGUCCAUGCCCAUACAGGACAUGGCUGCCCCUAGCAUGGAGGAACCACGACCUGCUUCAGGUCAGGUACAGCAGCCGGACCUCUGGAAUGCCAGGAUACCAGCACUAGUGGAAUGUCCAUCAAGAUCAGCACAUUUCUGGGGUCGGGGAUGGAAGCUGGCAGCGGGUGAGCAGGGAGAAUUACUGAGCAACGAUGAUGGACAGGCUGAUCGCAAUGUUGGGCAAGUGGAGAACGUCAUCUCAGAGGAUCAGCUCAUUCCUCCUGUGCUAGCCUUUGACCCAGAAGUCAUCUUUCGCCAAAAUGGAAACCGAAUUCGCAGUGGGUUUGAGCCUCAAUACCAGUGGCCGAACCAGGGCAACCGUCUCAGGGAUGCCCAAGAGGAGGCAGCUAAUCAGGAUGGCCAGAGGCCGCAGGAUCUACCGACGGAGGCUGCCCAGGCUGCCAUGCAACGUCUGAACCGAGCUGGGGAGCACGAGCCCAGUCCCUCCGUACCGUCCUCUCAGAAGAAGCAAUGUCGGGCCACGCCAAUGCCCUCACUUUUCAAGAUGGCAACCAGAUGCGCCAUAGCGCUGAUGACAGCUCCCAGUAUGCAGUACAGCCGAAGUCUGGCCUGUUUGACGCCUGAGCUUGCUGAACACCUCCUCCUGCACAUGAUCAACCAACGAUUGCUUCGACCCAAAUCCAUUGAACUCUUUUUCGGAUGCCAGAUCCAGAAACUCGUCCUCAACUGCUAUCCAUACACUACCAAUGACCUGCUCCGGCAGCUACGAGCCUUCCAGUCUCUCAGACACCUCAGCCUCACAUCCUGUCCUCUCAUCACAGAUUCCGGGCUGGAGGUGGUAUCGAGUUUACAGAGACUGCAGCAGCUGAAUCUGGCAGCCUGUGUGAAGCUUACUGAUCACUGUCUGUGCAGCCUAAAAGGUCUAAAUUUUCUUUCUCACCUGGUCCUGGACCAGACCAAAGUAGGUGAUUCAGGCAUGACAGAUUACCUGGUGUGUGCAGCUUCAUCACUCGUUCACCUCAGUCUGAAUCAGACGGGCAUCACAGAGAGAACGCUGACAGUGUUACCCAGAACUGUCCCACAGCUCCGGUUCCUCAGCAUCAAACAGACCAAGGUUUGUGAUGUGUCAGCCUUGAAGGAUCUACCAGUUCUACACACCCUGCACCUGGAUAACUUGGACAUCACAGAGACCUCGCUGAAGGCACUCCGCUGUCACCCCACUCUCUCCUCACUUAGUGUGUCAGGACUGCAGGCACUCAAUGGAGACACCACACUGAAGAUUAUCUCAGGUCUAAAGCUGACUCAUCUGAAGCUCCCAGACAGACAUACGGUUAGCGACUCCGGACUCCAUUUCCUGUCUUUUCUGGAGCAACUGACUGAGCUUGACCUCACUGACUACACCCAGGUCACAGACCAAGGCAUCAGCUACCUGGGCAGGCUGCUGCGGUUGGUGAAGCUUUCCCUGAGUAACACCCUGGUUACAGACGCUGGGUUAGUUCACCUGCAGCCACUGAAGAACCUCGAAGAGCUCUGUCUGGACCGCACGAGUAUAAGCAGCAAAGGGGUGGCUAAGUGCAUCAGGAACCUGCCUCGUUUACAGGUCUUGAGUUUAGCAUCAACGUGUGUUGGGGACAGUGUGGUGAGCCACGGCCUACUGCACUGCAGACAGCUGCUCAAAGUCAACCUGAGUCGCACACGGAUCACCGACCGAGGCCUGAGGCACAUCAGCCAGACCAGUGUGAGUCAGCUGAACCUCGAUGGGACAGGAGUCACACUGCCCGGGAUCAGCAGCCUCGUGGCAUCCUGCCCUGGCAUCACCAGCAUCCGGAUCAACAACCUGCGCACACUCUCCCCUGACCAGGUCUCCGACGAUGAGCUGACAGCUGAGGAUUGAUGGCCUGGCCGGAGGAGAAGGGAGGACGGUAACUGACUUCUCCGCACAAACCUCCCCCAUUGUUCAACAAAAACGGGUACCGGGAGUGAGGAGCCUCACUCUGUAUCACUCAGAAACUAUUUGGGAAGGAACUUCCUCACAUUUAGCCUGAUAUUCAUUCAGUUGCUGCAUUCUGGUUUGCUUUCGCAUUCCCCUAUCAAAGCCCUCAAUGUUACAUCCAGUCAGAUUCCUGAAGCAGCCCACCCAUAAAAAGACAACUCCAAAUAUAGAACUAUAUUUAAUCCCAUACUGUCCCUGUCCUGGGUGUGUUUGAUGAGGACAGUGAAGCGGGAGGUUUACUCUCCAUCUAACCCUCUGCUGUCCCUGAACUCAGAGUAUUUGAGGAGAAUGGUUUAGAGGGAGCUUUAUUCUGUAUCUAACCUCAUGCUGUCCCUGAGCUUGGAGUGUUAAUGGGAACAGUAUAGAGGAAGCUUUACUCUCUGUAUAACCUCGUGCUGUCCCUCUGGGAUUCCUGUAUUGGAAAGUGUUCUGAAUGACACUGGCUGCAGUCCAUGUGCUGCUCCUUCACUGCUCUCCAGCUCUGCACUGUAAGCUUCAUUUCUCUGGUCUCUAGGUUUGCUGUUUUCUGGAUCACGAGAUUGAUUUCUGCUGAUGAGGAGAAGUCUGUGUCUUGAGUUAUGCCCCUUCCAUCAUCAGCUUUCAUUGGGAGCUCCCAGUUAUGAUUGGGCCGGACUGGAAGGAGAGGUAGUUUUACUCCUAAUGGCACUUUGCCGUUAACUGUGCUUUGAUUGAUUUGUUUUUCGAAGAGAAAUGUUUCAUGACUAAAGGCUAACUUGGAACCUACUGUGUGUAGACUGUUUAUUUGAUCUUUUGGACACAGAGAGUGUCCUGCCUCAGCCAAAGUUCAGUGUUCGGUCUCUUUUUCUCUCAGAGCAUCUGAUGUAAAGCCUGUUGUGGGACUGACAUUCGGUGAUACUCAGUAAUACAUGCCCUGCAGUUCCUUGUUAUUUUCAUUCUGUGUUAUGUAGUCACAGAGUUUUUAACCGCUCAUAAAGGGACCGUUUUAGCCCCUCCAAUCCAUCAAACAUGCAUCCACUGUAAUUCUGUCUCCUGGCACUUGGCCCGUAGCCUUGUAUAUUACGGCAUAUAAGUGCACUUCCAAAUAAUUAUUCUCAAUGUUUUGAUGAUUCAUACCCCUCCCACGUUUCAGAUACCCAGCACCCAGUUAGUGAAAAACUUUUUUCCUCAAAUAUCCUGUAACUUUCCUAUUCCUUAAUUGAAAUGACGCCCCCUAGUUACUGAGCAUACAAAAUCCCAGGCCUUUGAUAUACUAUUGAUAUGAACACUUCAAAAUUAAAAUUAGUUUCAACAAAUUCUGGUAAAACCACCCAAUUUCUGGUCCUAAACUUUUACAAGAUUUUCCUUAAUGUCUAUUUCUAGCAGAGUGGGGAAGCCGAACUUCUUAAAACCCAACAUCAAGGUAUUCACUAACUGUCGUCUUCUAAUGUACUAAGGGGAAAAGUUUUUGUCUAUCUGCUGUGUGCCUGUCCCUCAUAACUUAGUACACCUCAGUCAGGCCCUUUCUCAGCCUUCUUUGCUCUAAGGAAAGCAAUCCCAGCUACACCUCCCAGUCACGAACCAUUUCACCUCCCCCUCCCAUUCUUCAGACGACAUGUCCAUCAUGGGCCUCCUGCUGUGCCACAAUGAUGCCACCCGAAGGUUGCAGGAACAGCAACUCAUAUUCCACUUGGGAACCCUGCAGCCCAAUGGUAUCAAUGUGGACUUCACCAGCUUCAAAAUCUCCCCUCCCCCCACUGCAUCCCAAAACCAGCCCAGCUCAUCCCCUCCCCCCACUGCAUCCCAAAACCAGCCCAGCCUGUCUCUGCUUCCCUAACCUGUUCUUCCUCUCACCCAUCCCUUCCUCCCACCUCAAGCCGCACCUCCACUUACUACCUACCACCUCAUCCUGCCUCCUUGACCUGUCUGUCUUCCCUGGACUGACCUAUCCCCUCCCUACCUCCCCACCUAUACUGUCCUCUCUACCUAUCUUUUCUCUCCAUCUUUGGUCCACCUCUCCCCCCUCCCUAUUUAUUCCAGUUCCCUCUCCCCAUCCCCCUCUCUGAUGAAGGGUCUAGGCCUGAAACGUCAGCUUUUGUGCUCCUGAGAUUCUGCUUGACCUGCUGUGUUCAUCCAGCUCCAUACUUUGUUAUCCCAGCCUAUCUAGUCUGUCUUUUUAGCUGAAACACUGUAUCCUAGGCAACAUCCUGAUCAAUCCGAACUCGCUAUCCUGAUCAAUCUCCUCAGCACCCUCUUCAGUGCAUCAUAUUCUUCCGAUAGUGUGGUGGCCAGAACUGCAUACAGUACUCUAGCUGUGGCCUAACUAACAUUAUAUAUAUAUAAAACCCUUUUGCUCUUAUAUUCUGUAUCUUGUCUAACCUUCUAUGGACAUAUAUACCACAGUCCUUUUGACCCUCUGUAUUUCCAGAAGUCCCACCAUACUCUGUGUCUGUUCUAAUUGUAAGAAGGUCAGCCAGGUGGACCUCACGUUUGGAGCUGUUCAUCUGGUCCCAAUCAGGGAGCCCCAGCUGACAGGAGCAUCAGAGGCUCUGUUCACCAUGAGAGCUGGCUCUGAGGAAGCAUACUCUUAAUGUCAGGUACUAUACAUGUAUAAAUAAAGGGCAACUUUGUGGCA